AUGAAUGCUGCUGUAAUUGAGGAGUGUACAACAGGAUCAAAUUUUUAUAUAAACAAAUUUGAUUCAAUUAAAAUGCGUUGUUUAAAUAGGCAAUGGCGACAGGUAUUUAUUCACUUGGAACAUCAUUGUAUUAGCAAUGUAACAACACGUACAUGGAAUAUACGAACAAAUACUAUUCAAAGUUUGCCAUGGCCAUUAAAAAUUUCUAUUUUGACUAAAAAUAAAGAUCAACUGAGUCUUCAUCAAUUUGGAACGUUAAUAACUCAACAAAGUUCGCUGAUUACCGAUAGUUUUGAACAAUUUAACCCAAAUAAUAAUCAGUUUAUAUCAUAUAUAUGGACAGAUCUAUUGGAUGGUCCACAGUGUCGUACUCAAUUUACAGUUGUGAAAGAUAUUUGUACAAGACCAAAUAAAACAAGACUUGCUGCAGAAUUCAUUAAUUUGAUAUGUUAUUAUGGAAAAAAAACCUUUAUACUAACUAAUGAAACACAAAGAAAUGCAUUUGAUAAACUUCUGAAUAAUAAUAUUACAACAGUAGACUCAAAUAUAAUAUCAAAAACUUCAUCUACUAUUAAUAAUUUAUUACAAAAUCCGAAUUUAUCACAAGAUCCGAAUUUAUUAGCAGCACAUUCUAAGAAAAACACAUUUUGGGAGAAAAAUAAAUUAUAUAUCUUUAUAGGUGGAGGUAUUGGUAUAGUUAUUAUUAUAUUAGGAAUUAUUAUUAUUAUUAAACGUCAUAUUGAUUUAUCACAGAAAAAUUUAGAACGAAAAAUGUCUAUCGAUUCAAACAUUGAAUAA